AUGCCCCGCACCCCUCUAAUCUCGAUAACUUCCACCUCCUUCCGCCCCAUAACCUCCUCUCCGCUCACCGCGCCAACCCUCUUCCCCAACACAACAUUUGCCCUCCACCCCGCGCAGAAAUGGUCGAUCCUUGGGUCGUCGAAAUCAAUUCUUCUAUCCAUUCUCUGCGGCAGUCACGUUGCUAUCCCACCGAACGGUCGACGGUAUCCCGGCCUGCAGGGCACCAUCGAACUCGUCUCUUUUGGCGCUGGGAGCGCAAGUACUGGGAUGCUACCUGGAGCUAACCGCAUGGAAACCCACUUGUCUGCGCGGUACGAGGCUUGGAGGGAGGAAUUCGAUGUUUCCUUAAGGGACUGGCUGGGAGAAAGCAUAGCCGGGAGUAAUCCUUUUGAGGAGGGGGGGGAGGUGAAGGGAGAGGAAGCACUACGGGAAAGGGAAAAAAAAGUGGAGGAUGUCGCGGGGGACCUGAUGUUGCGGGAACUUCUGGAUCAAAGUGUUAUGACGUUGAGUAAUGGGCAGAGCCGGCGGGCGAGAAUUGCACAAGCGUUGCUGAAAAGGCCUGAGGUGUUGGCUGUUGAUGAACCGUUCAGUAUGGCUCCGUAUGGAUGCGUAAGCCAGCGAGCGCUGAUAAUGAACACGUGAAACAGUGGGCCUUGAUCCUCCGUCGCACAAUUUGCUAUCAGAACUACUUUCCCGUCUUCCACAUUCCCCACAGCCGACACAGGUACUGCUCGGGCUACGCCCGCAAGAUCCCGUGCCAGCCUGGAGCACACACAUAGCAUACAUAUCCAACCACCGUAUCCUCGCGCAGGGUCAAAAAGAAUCCGUCAUUCCAACCCUCCGUCAAUCUGGAAUGACAAUCCUGCACGAAGGCGAUGGCGCCCAAAAGCCCGCCCCAACCCUUCUCGACAAAGUCUGGUCCAUCCCCUCCCUCCCGGCAUCUACGUCACAAAAACCAACCCCACCGCCGUCAGAAUCUACCUCCAGCCCAAUUCUGGUUCAAAUGAGCAACAUAAAAAUAACCUACCCUCCACACCCUCCCCUCCUCCAAAACUUCUCCUGGACAAUCCGAGCCGGCGAGCGCUGGGGCCUCUUUGGUCCCAACGGGUCGGGGAAGACCACAUUGAUAUCCCUCCUAACCUCCGAUCACCCGCAAACCUACGCCCUACCAAUAGCACACUUUGGCCACCCAACCCGCCUCCCGGAGCGCGGAAAGGCAGGCGUCAGUGUCUUCGACAUACAAAAACGGAUCGGUCAUGCAUCCCCAGAAGUCCACGCCUUCUUCCCGAAGGCGUACACCCUCCGGCGCACCGUCCUCUCCGGCCUCGCAGAGACCUUCCACGCAAAGCCCCCACCAGCAACAGAAUAUGUCGAGGCGCUGCUGGCCGAAUUCGAAGACACGGUGGCUGGCGUGGGCGGUUGGGACGAUGCCAUCUUUGGCGAAGCGGGUUUGGGUGUCCAGCGGCUCGCCCUGUUCCUGCGCGCUGUGGCGGGUAAGCGCGAUUUGAUCGUCCUUGACGAGGCUUUUUCCGGCAUGGAUAGCGUGGUUCGGAAUCGCUGUUUACGGGUUCUCGCGGAUGGAUUCGAUCGCACGCGCCAAGCGCUCGUGGUUGUUGGCCAUGUCGGUGAGGAGGUGCCCGAGGUGGAUAUGUGGGUCAGGUUGCCGGAGAGGGGGGGUGAUGCUUGCGCGGUGUUUGGAGAUGCG